AUGGCCACAUCAUCAGCGGAUGGCCACGAUGGCCACCUGCAGAAGCGAUUUUCUAAAAUCACCAUGAUUGGCAUGGCUUUCGCUAUUCUCAACACUUGGAUCUCUCUCGCUGGGUCCAUUGGUCUAGUGAUGCCCUCAGGUGGAUCAGUGUCCUUUGUGUACGGCUUCAUCUUCUGUGUUAUCUGCAACAUCGCAUUGAGUGCAAGUGUUGGAGAGCUUGCGUCGCUCUAUCCGACGGCUGGAGGGCAAUAUCACUAUGCCUAUGCACUUUCGACGAAGAAGUGGAGGAAGAUGACGAGUUUCUUUGUUGGAUGGGUCAACAUCGCUGGCUGGCUCACGCUCAACACUACCGCUGCGUAUUUUGGAGCCCGAUUCCUCGCUGCAGCCGCCGUCGCAGCUUCUGGCGGCUCCUACGAGAUCACACAAUGGAGCACGUACUUGAUGUUCGUCGCUGUGUCCAUCAUUGGAGUAUUCUUGAAUAUCUUUGCAUACCCAAUCCUCAAUCGAUGGAAUGAAGGAGCAUUGUAUUGGUCCUUGCUCAGCGUCGUCGUGAUCAGCAUCGUGCUACUCGCAACCUCUCCCAAGACAGACGCUGAAUUCGUCUUCACAAAUUUUUCCAAUACUACCGGCUGGAGCGAUGGGACGGCAUGGAUGCUUGGACUUCUUCAGUCUGCCCUCAGCUUGAUUGGUUUUGAUGCUGUGGCGCACAUGGUCGAGGAGAUGCCUAGACCAUCAACAGAUGCCCCUCAAGCCAUGGUCGGUGCCGUGAUCGUCGGUGGUACGACGGGAAUUGCUUUCAUCCUCGUUAUGCUCUUCUGCGCCGUUGACAUUGACGUCUUGCUUUCCUCGCCUACGCAGAGUCCUCUGACGGAGAUGAUUUUGCAAGCAACGAAGAGCAGAGCAGCUGCCACUGUUCUAAGCGUCGCAGUCGCCCUCUGUUUCGUUAAUGGCGCGAACGGCUGCGUAACGUCGGGCAGUCGCUUGGUCUGGUCUAUGGCUCGAGAUAACGGAACUCCAUUCUCGAAGUAUCUGUCGCGCCUCCACCCUAAGCUGAACGUCCCUGUACGUGCAAUAGUCGUGCAGGCCACUUUCAACAUUCUGUUUGGUCUUCUCUAUCUUGGUUCGUCUGCCCGUCAAUAA